AUGGCUGAUCAAUUCACCGUUAGUUAUGGGCUCCCACUUCCACAGUUAAGAAACCAACAACAUGAAACUCAUAUUUUACCAGUAACAAAGAUACUACAAUGUAGGAACCAGGAUAAAUACAAUACCGAUAGUGAGAGAUGUGAGAGCUUUUUAACAUGUGGGCGAGAUGGAUCGAUUAUAAAAUACCUUUAUUCUAGUGAUUUUCAACUGAUUGAGACUAAAAAAAUGCAAGCACAUAGUGAUUGGGUGACAGAUUUAAUAGAUGUGGGAAAUAGCAUCUUCAUUUCUGUAAGUCAUGACUUUUCUAUUGUUUUACAUUCCAUUAAUGGAAAACUAGAUACUUGGGAGACAAAAAUUAUUGGCUGUCAUGAUGAUUAUAUUAAAUGUAUUGUCAGUUUACCAAAGAUAUUUAGUGAUUACGACGAAGACAAGAUUACGUUUGCAACUGCUGGUUUGGAUAAAAAAAUUAAAGUUUGGUCUUUGAACAAAAGACUAUUGACUUAUAAACUGCUGCAUGUUUUCGAUAAUUCACAGGACAACGGUACAGGGUCAGUUUAUGUGAUAUCAGCGGUUGAUAACCCAUCAGUUCCAUACGAUUUAAUAGCAGGUGAUAAUAAUGGUAAUAUAAUAUUAUAUUCUUGUAAAGAAGGGGUGGAAGUUGCUCGUAUCGAAAAGGCCCAUGAUCAAAAUAUAAAAUGCUUAAAAUGUGUCGAUAAUUAUAAAAAUCUAAUUUCCACUAGUUCCGAUGGAACUAUAACUGCUUGGGCGAUUGCUAUUUCAAAAACAUUCGAUGACAAAAAUAAUGAAAUCAUUAUUCCAUUAACAAAAAUUCGUAACUUAAAUUGGAACGGUGCUCCAGUAUGGUGUAUCUAUGGUGAAUCGCUAAAGGAACUUUAUGUCGGAGAUGCAAAAGCAAAUAUCUUUAAAGUUAAUUUCGAAAUAUCGCAGCCUAGCGCUGUGGUCAUAUUUAAUGGAACGCGAUAUCCCUCUAAAGCUGACACUACUGAGUCUAGAAAUAAUUUUGGAAUACUGGAUCUUAUGAGGGUGCAUGACACAAAUAACCUCUUUUUUUCAGUCUCAAAAGACUCGAAUUUAAUGCAUUUAGAUGUGGAAUUAGACGACCUAACAUUAAUUCAAGGUGGAGUUGCAUUGACAAGAUCAUCAUUAUUAACUAAUAGAAGACAUGUAAUUACCGAGAAUACAAGAGGUGAAAUACAAACAUGGGAUAUUAUUUCCUGUAGAUUAUUGAACACUUUUGAUGUAACAGAUGGGGACUUUAAUGAUAUCGUCUAUAAAUAUACAACUAAAGAAAUUCUGCCCCAUUGGUGUACUGUAUCUAUUAAAGUUGGUCUUUUGUUUGUAAAACUAAACGCUCGGUUAUUGAGCACAGAAGUUUACGGUGCAGCACUGGAAAACUAUGAAAUAAUAAACGAUGUAAUCAUCAACCCUGAUCAGCGGUUCAAUUUGGGUAAAAUUGUAAUAAAUUCUCUUUUUAAUGAGUUUUUAAGUUAUGAAAUAGAAAAGGACAAACUGCUAAGAAAAAGAAUUGCUAGUAAAAAGAAAGAUUCCUUUUUUAACUAUCAGAAAGAUGAACACAAUAAUAGCUCAUUGUCUAUUGAAAAUGGAGAACCAGGUACAUCUGAUAAGAAAAAUAAGGAUAAGAAGAAAAAAUCACAUAUUAUGAAAUUUAAGUUAGGAUCACCAAGUACUCAGCCCGCUUUUUCAACUACUCCAUCAACUCCUUCUUCUAUGAUUGGAAACUAUUCAGAUAAUGAUAGAAAUAUAAAUAUUUCCAAUAAUUUGCAAAAUGGCAUCAAGAUAACCUUAGAAUCUCCAAGGCCACAGAAUAGAACCAAACAACCGUCUAUUGAAAAACUUGUAAAUGGCUACCCUAAUUCCAAAACGGAAUCCGGAACCAUAAGUAUGAGCACAGGUUCUUAUUUAAAUAGAAAACUAAAAAAAUUAGGAAGUAGACCGUCAUCAGCAGUACAAGGAGGUGAACAUUAUGAGAACGUAAGAACCCCCGACUCUUCAUUUGAUGAAAGUAGUGUUGAUUAUGGUGACGAUAAUAAUGGAACUUUAAGACCAGUCACUGCCACUCCUUUUGCAUCAAUAACACAAAGUCCUCAGCAAAGAGCUUCGAGUACACCUGCACUAGAGUUUUCCUCAAGAAAUUCACCAUUGCCUAGUGCAUCUGUUGGAGGUAAUGUAAGUCCAGAUAAUGUUAAUCAAAGUACUGGUAAAACUUUAUCUCACUCCAAACGUAAUUUUAUGUGCGAUCUAUUAAGUGAAUUUGAAGAAGCAUAUAUACAACAAUUCCAAUUAAAUUCAUCAUCAUUAAAGCUUUUGAGCAAGAAGCAACCCGAAUCAAAAAUUUCAAAGGCAACAGAAUUACCAUUAUUAAGAAUUAAAUUUGGAACAUUGCUAGUGAUACAUAAAUGGGAGAAGGAUGCUUGUGGCGGUAUAGUCGUUUUUUCUACAUUUUUGCCUGGGACCAAUCAAAGUUUGGAUAAUAAUGAGUUUAAUGAUACUACUGUUAUAAUGGAAGGAGAGGAAUUUGAUUCCCAGAUCUAUGAAGAUGAAAAACUAGAGAAAUUUGAUUUCAUUGAUUAUGAGUAUGGGCAUGGUAUUAACAGACGUAUGUUAUUUGAGCAAUUAGAACGAAACGUCCCGUAUUGGUUUGCUAAAAUCUUAUUUGACGACAACAAUCAUCAUGAAAGUCAAUCUCAACCAAAAUUAAAUUUUACAAUUGCAUUAUGGACGGACGAUGGACCAAAUUCGAAUGCAAACAACACCAAUGACAUUAAUAAACAAAGCGACAAUAUAGAUAAACCUCCGUCCUCUAAAUCUGCCUACCAAAGGCUGAAAUUUUCGAGAAAUAAAUCCACUGAUUCAUUACCGACAGCAACCUCGUUACCACGCAUAUCUGAAUACAAUUCUAAAUUGUCAGCUCUUGGAAUGGUAAGAAUCAAGAAAAUCAAGCAAUUCAUUACGGAACGAUUCGACUGCAAAACACCAGAAAUGAAGGCAAAAGUAGAUCCAAGCGACUGGCUGGAAAUUUUAUGCAAGGGACAAGUCCUCGAAAAUGAUAUGACUUUAAGUUCGGUAAAGACAUUGUAUUGGAAGUCACAAAAUGGAAUGGUCCUUGAAUAUAGAAGAAAGAUCAAAGAUUAA